AUGGUUUGCCAAUUAACCACUGCAUUUUGCUGUCCGUGCAGUUUCCAGACUGCUUCGCAGGCGCGUCGCUCUUACUACCAAAAAGGUGCUGCUGCUCUUGAUGAUGAUGAUGAUGAUGAACUAACUACACAGCAGCGAAGUCGCCGUAAAAUAUUCAAAAUCGGCUCACUAAUUGUCAAGCUAACGACUUUCAUAGUCCUCUGGUCGUUCUUCUCAAUAGUUUUGAUCUUCACGCCCACCCACAAGCACAAUGCGCAAGUGUUGCCCCUGAAACCACAGCAAACCAAAAUCGUUGAAAUUCAGGGUGAACCGAGUCGCGAUGAGAUCAGCAUACGGUUGAGGGGCAACAUCGAUGUGGAUGCCACACAAAGUCCCAAAUUGGUAACCGAAAAACAAAAACAUUUUUUUGUCACCCUCGUACGGUAUAAUAUGAUGACAAAUUUAACGGUAUGGCAAUUGAAACCCUGGAAGGUUUAUCUCCUCGAUGUCAGCAGACAGAAACUGACCACAUUGCACAAGCGCUUUAAAGUGACAGACGAUAUGCGCAAAUCCUUGAUUAAAAGUCAAGAGCAACGCAAGGAUUCCGAUACCAAAUUACGAUUGUCAUUUUUGAAUUCCGGUGAUGAGACAAUUGCCAUCGCCUUGGCAAUCAACACCAAUCCGCUGGAUCUGACUUUAGGUGUUGUGUCCGCAGCCUUCUUGUUGUUCUUUAUGUAUGCGCUGAUCAUUUGGGAUAUCACAGAUCGCACAUUUGCCGCCAUCCUAAUGUCAACAACGGCCAUUGGUGUCCUUGCUGUGACCGGGGAGCGACCCACGCUGAAAACAAUCAUCUCUUGGAUCGAUAUGGACACCCUGCUGCUGCUCUUCAGCACGAUGCUCAUCGUGGGUGUUAUGACGGAGACGGGUGUCUUUGAAUACUGUUCGGUGUUGACCUAUCGCAUAUCGAAGGGACAGCCCUGGUUGCUUGUCUUUCUGCUCUGCUUGCUGACCGCUUUGAUUUCCGCUUUCCUGGAUAAUGUGACCAUAAUCAUGCUAAUGGUGCCCAUUGUGAUACGUCUCAGUGAAUGCAUGGGUCUCCGCACAACGGCGCUCAUCAUCUGUGUGGCAAUCUUUACGAAUAUCGGCGGCAUGCUGACGCCAGUGGGUGAUCCACCCAAUGUGAUAAUUACAGCGAAUCCUUAUGUCCUUGACAAGGGCGUCGAUUUCAUUGGCUUCUGCCUGCACAUGCUGCCCGGAGUGCUGCUCAGUUGUUUGUUCACUUGGUGUUAUCUGUAUUUGGUGUUGCGCCAGAGACUGUUUAAGGGCGCCUCGGAUCAGAUGCGCAAAUCGAUUAAGAGUCUACAGAAUCAUGUGGACAAGAUCAAAGGUCCCACCACCGAUGACGAGAAUACGCGUCGCGAUAUCAUGGUACGCAUCGAGGAACUCCAGUUGCAAUACAAACGCAAUGCGGGUGUGACCAGUUUUGGGCCACGGCCGGCAGCCGAUUUUGUGGAGAGGCUGGCCGAGAUGGAGGCCAAAUACAAGUUGCACAAUAAGCCGCUGCUCGUCAAAUGUUGCAUUUCCCUCGGAUUUGGCAUUGUGUUGUUCCUGUUAGGUUCGCUGUCCUUCAUGGCCGGCUUGACACUUGCCUGGUCAUCGUUUCUGGCAGCGAUGCUGCUUCUCAUCCUGGCCGACAAACCGGACAUGAACAGUGUGCUCCAGUAUGUGGAGUGGCCCACAUUGCUAUUCUUUGGCGCACUGUUUGUGUUUAUUGAGGCAUGCGCCGAACUGGGCCUCAUCGACUGGGUGAGCGAACAGACGGUGGCGAUUAUAUUGAAUGUGGCUACAGAAUAUCGGACGCAAGCAGCUAUAUUGUUGGUACUGUGGAUUAGUGCGAUCAUCUCGGCCCUUGUCGACAACAUACCCAUUGUGACGAUGAUGCUCAAGCUAGCCAUAAGGCUGUCGCUACACGAUGAGCUCGAAAUACCAUUGAUGCCCAUGGUUUGGGCGCUCUGUUUCGGUGUGUGCUUGGGUGGCAAUGCAACAUUGAUAGCUGCCUCCUCGAAUGUGGUUGCAGCGGGCCUUGCCAGUCAGUAUGGCUAUGAGGUGACUUUUAGGGAGUUCUUUAACUAUGGCGCGCCCGUCAUGAUGAUAACUUGUGUCGUUGUCUCCAUCUAUCUACUUGUCGCACAUGGUCUCUUCACAUGGCACUGA